AUGGACUGCAUCAGCCAAGUUAUUCCAAAGCCAUCCUGCAGUGUGGUCCGCUGUAGGGAAGGAACUAUUUGUAAGAUGAUAAAUGAGCAGCCAAAGUGUGUGCCAGUCUCUUGGGGCACGUGCAGGGCUGGGGGUUACUUUCAUUACCACACCUUCGAUGGACGGGCGUAUGAUUUCCAUGGCAACUGCACCUACACCGUGGCCAAGACCUGCAGGGAUGCUUCCGGCCUGCCCUCCUUCCAUGUCAUGGCCAAGAGUGAGAACAGUGGGAACACACAGGUUUUCUACGUUGGGUCGGUGACUGUCCAGGUGGAUGGAGUCACUGUCACAGCUGCCAGGGCUGAAGCCGGCUUUGUGUGGGUGAAUAACACCAGGGCCCACUUACCCAUCUCCCUGAACAGUGGGGCCCUUCGGCUCUAUCAGAGCGGCACCUCCCUCAUCCUCCGCACCGACUUCAACCUCAGCAUGUCCUAUGACUGGAACAACCACCUGAGGGUCACCGUCCCCAAUGACUUCUCCAACAGCCUGUGCGGCCUGUGUGGCAACUAUAAUGGGGACCCCUCCGAUGACUUCCAGACCCCAGACGGGGACCUGGCUCCCAGUGUCGCCGCCCUGGGGAAAAGCUGGGCAGUGGAAGAUGAGGAUCAGUUUUGCUGGCACGAUUGCAUUGGAGGUUGCAGGCCCUGUGCCGCCAGCAUAGCCAGAAAGUACAAGGAAGAGGCCCUGUGCGGCCUGAUAACCAAGGUCUCAGAUGGGCCCUUCAGCCAGUGCCACACCAAGGUGGAUCCUACAGUCUACUUGGACAACUGCGUGUACGAUCUGUGCCACAGCGACGGCUACAGGAAGGCCCUGUGUGAGGCCCUGAAGGCCUACGCGGACGCCUGCCAGCUGGAGGGGGUCAGGAUUGGGGAAUGGAGGCAGCUGGCCAGAUGCCCCAUGGAGUGCCCCCGUGAGAACAGCCAGUACCAGCUCUGUGGAACAGCCUGCCCAGCCACGUGUGUGGACCAGUCAGCCCCCAGCAGCUGCCAAGACCCCUGUGUGGAAAGCUGCCAGUGCAAGGACGGUUUUGUGCUGAGCCAGGGCAAAUGCAUCCCCAAGAGUGGCUGUGGGUGCCAGUUUGAAGGGCGCCCCUAUGCCCCCAAUGAGAGCUUCUGGGUCAAUGAGGUAUGUGGGACACAGUGCAUGUGCAACGCAGCCACUAGACAGGUCGAAUGCGUGGCUGCUACGUGCAAACACUCGGAGAAGUGUGGGCUAGUGAACGGCGUAUGGGGCUGUUACCCCUCCAGCUACGCCACCUGCUCUGUGACAAGGAAUGUGCACUACACCACCUUUGAUGGACAGAGAUUCGACUUCCAAGGCACCUGCCGCUACCAGCUCACGGCCCUGUGCAAGAAGGCGGAGGGACUAGUGGACUUUGAGGUCUACUUCCAGGAGAACAAUACCGCUCCUCUACAGAUCAAGGUUUAUCAGACCAAACUCAGGAUCAGCAAUCAAUUCCCUGGGAAAGUCCUGAUGAAUGGUUUCCUGAUUAACCUUCCCUUCAACCUCAGUGAUAAGAAAAUCACUGUGUAUAGAAAGGGCUGGUCCACAGUGAUCCAGGCAGACUUUGGACUCACUGUUACCUUUGCCGGGUGGUCAGGACGCAUCACGGUCACUCUGCCAGUCACCUACACGGGAGCCGUGUGUGGUCUGUGUGGCAACUUCAACAUGGACAGGGAGGACGACUUGCUCAUGAGGGAUGGCACGCUGGCACCAAGCCCAGUCAGCUUUGGCCAGAGCUGGAAGGUGGGCGACCUCCGGGGAUGCUCUGCAGUAACGAUACCCCCAUGCGCAAGUGUAGAGGCUAUUGAAAAACAACAACGAGGUAGCAGAGGACAGUGUGGGAUCAUCCUAGACAAGAAUGGCCCAUUCAGAGGAUGUCACAGAGAAGUGGACCCCCAUGGAUACUUCAUAGACUGUGUGUACGGCUAUUGCAUCCUCAGUGGGCAGGAGAGUAAUGUCUGCCAGGCCGUUGCUGGCUAUUCCGAGGCAUGUCAGGAAGCUGGAGCUAUGGUGCAUCCCUGGAGGACUACGAAGUUCUGCUCUCCGUCCUGUCCCCCGAACAGUCACUACGAAUUCUGCAGCAGCAGCAGCUGCGAUCUGACAUGCAGCAACCUCUAUGCCCCGGUGCAAUGCACGACCCAGUGUAAGGAAGGCUGCGUGUGUGACGAGGGCUUUGUUCUCAGUGGUGACCACUGCGUCCCCAUUUCCCAGUGCGGAUGCCUCCACUGGGGACUUUACUACCAUGCCGGGGAGACCUUCCACCCGAGCGGUUCAUGCGAGGAGCAGUGCGUGUGUCUGGCUGGUGGGGAGGUUGUGUGUAAGGCAUUCUCCUGCGGCACUGGUGAGGAAUGCGGGGUGGUGGACAGCGUCCAGAAAUGUCACCCAUUUGGAUCUGCGACCUGUUCUGCCUCUGGCCAUCCCCACUACCUCUCUUUCGACGGGGUCCCCUUUGACUUCCAAGGCACCUGCACCUACAUCCUGGCCAAGACCUGCACCGAUGCCAGUCACCUUACACCAUUCACUAUCAGUGUAGAGAAAGAAGAUUGGGGCACCAGGAAUGUGUCCAUGGCCAAGCUGGUAUCCAUCCAGGUGUAUGGCAGCACACUCACCCUGCUGCAGAGCAAACAGGGGCUCAUCAUGGUAAGUCCUUCUUCGCUUACUCUGGCUCAUCAUGGUAAGUCCUAG